AUGUCUAAGGAAGAACUGACCAACAUUCUUGUCAAUUCAAUGUCGGCUAGUCCUGAAGGAUAUCAUGCACUGCUACUGGUCGUACGGUACGGUCAAAGGUUUACUAAGGAGGAUGAAGGCGCUCUUGAAACACUCAAAGAAAUUUUCGGAGAAGAAACUGUAAAAAAUAACAUUAUCUUGCUUGUGAACGGAGGGGAUUCGUUUGACACCGAAGAAGAAGGAGUACCAGACUUCAAUGAAUGGUGUCUAAAACAGACAGGCAGUUUUCGUCGUCUGCUGAAGGAAUGCAGCAGACGUGUUGUUUACUUUGCCAAUAAAACAAAAGACAAGAAAGUGAUAGACAGGCAGAUCGAUCAGUUGAUCGAACAAAUCAGGUGGAUAAGAAAACCAUACAGCAGCAAUGACUUGAAGAAAGCGGAAGAAAAACGCACUGUGAGAAUACAAUGUAUUACGGAGUUUAAAACUAUCGUUGACGAUUUUAAAAGCCUUGGAAAUUACGGAUACAACCAAUUGUCAGAGAUGGAAAAUUUGAAGGAAAAGGCACAAACGUUGGAAGAAACUUUGGUAAACAAUGUUAAAAAUGACAUAAAAUUGGUAGAUCUGCUAAACGUCUGUAGAGGGCUGCUGAAAAAUAUAAACGAUGCGAUUGACAUAGCCAUUGACAAUAAACCACAAGCACAAACUACCGAGGUUGGUAGCUCGGGUGGCUUUUCGGAAUCUUUCCUUACCCUUGUACGAGGUAUAUUUAGAUUCUUUUUCUUUUAA